AUGGCUUCACAAAAUUCAGAAACCGCUUCUAAUACAUUUAGUGCUAGUGAAAAUGAACUACAAGAGUAUAGUGAAAUAAGUGAAUCUAAUCAAUCACUUAAUAACACAAAACGUAAACAUACGAGUGGUAAAAAGCAAAAUGAUUUACAUUAUUCAAAAGAAUCGUGUGAACAACUAUUAACAGAAAUGCGAAGUUGGAAACGAAGAGCCAAACCUUAUGAUCUUUCAUAUAAUUCUGCAUGUGAAAUACCAAUAAAAUGGUGGCUUAGCUUAAAUACUGAUGAUGAUUAA